GGCCUGGCCGCGCCGCCGCUCUCUCCUGGCCGCCUCCGGCCCUCUACAACGCCGGCGAGAUGGGGCUUUCGUCCGCCUCGAUGAGCUCUGUAUCCUUCCCCAACUCGAUUUGGUUUUCCAGCUCUACCUCGUCCGCCCCCAAACCUAGAAACCCUAGCGGUCGCUGGUCGGUUUGGCCAUCGCCGGCCAACCCCCGCGCUGCCGAUGGUCGCUUCUGCUGCCCGGUGAGGCUUUGCCCUCACCCGCCGCCUCGAUGCCGCCCUACGCGCGCGCGCCGCCCUGGUCCUGCUCACGCCCGGCGCUCCCUGGCGUGGCUCCGACGCUCAAGUAUCCCCGACGCUCUAGCCACCAGACGCCGCAGCGCCGCCACUCCACGAGCCAGCGGCAACCAUGGCGGUCGGGAAGAACAAGAGGAUAUCCAAGGGGAGGAAGGGUUCUAAGAAGAAGGCCGUCGACCCGUUCACCAAGAAGCAGUGGUACGACAUCAAGGUGCUGCUGAUUUUCAGCCAGCGGAACAUUGGGAAAACUCUCGUGUCCAGGACACAGGGUACCAAGAUUGCCUCUGAGGGUCUCAAGCACAGGGUUUUUGAAGUGUCCCUAGCUGAUCUUAACAACGAUGAGGACCAGGCUUACAGGAAGAUCAGACUCCGUGCUGAGGAUGUCCAGGGGAUGAAUGUCCUUACGAACUUCUGGGUAUUGUUUGAAAGGGUUGAUGAUGAGUUCUGCUAGAAGCAUUGUCCUGAUCUUUCAAUAACUGGAAAUGCAUCGACAAGCAUGUACCAUAUAAUGUAGAUUUUUGGGGAAAGAGUUUAUCCUGAUUUUAUAUGACAAAUUUACACUAUUGAGGCACAAGAACAGCAGGCGUGUCAUUGGAGUAAUUAGCUGCAGUCAUGUUGCCUGAUAUAUAUAUGGGCAGAGGGUGGGUGUUGCCUACCUCUCGAUUUUGAUGUAAAAGUCGUAUGAUGAAGUUCAAAUGUUCAUCCUGUUGUGGUCGUGGCACAUAUUCCGGAAGCAAUUCAGUUCGCUAUAGGCCUUACCGAUGGCAUUGUUUAUGUCAUGAUUGGAAGGUUGCAGUUUUUACUUCAAGUUUUAGUUGAAACCUGAUAUUUGGAAUGCUGUGAAGUUACAUGUAGUAGGAUUUGUUAUGAUGUGAUAUAUAGAAUUCUGGAUUAUGUAUAUGUAUUACAGGGUUGAAUACUUUUCUGGUACAUUUGUACAUUUGGAUUAUGUGCAUACAUUGUUGUUUAUAUUUGCCUUUAUUGUUA